CAUUAUUUUAAUGAUUAAUGAUUAAUACAUAAUAAAGAAGAAAAUUUCAUAAGGUUCAUUUGGUGUGGUGUUUGUAGGAUAAGAUGUAAAAACUAAUUAGUAUGUGGCAAUAAAGAUAGAAAAAACUGAUUAGGGAUCAAGUUUGGAAAAAGAAGUAACUUUAAUCUGCAAAAUAAUAUGAAUAGGCAAAAAUACUUUAACAUUUGAAUGGGACUCUCAAUAUACCUAGAUUAUACUAUUUUGGAGAGCAUAAGAAAUAAAUAUUAAUGGUAAUAAGUUUUCUGGGAAAAGAUCUCACUUAUUAUAUUAGACAAUAUAAAAAAUUUUCUUUGAAAUGUGUCUUAUUGAUUGCAGAGUAAAUGUUAAAUAUUCUGGAAAAUAUACAUUUAAAGUAAUAUUUAAUAAAAAUAUGAGAUCUGUAUUACAUCGAGAUAUUAAGCCAGAGAAUAUAUUAACUGGAAGAGAUAAUGAUUCAAAUUUAUACUUAGUAGAUUUUGGGAUUAGUAAAUUCUAUAGAGAUAAGAAAGGCAGACAUAUGUAUAAUAAUAAUAUGAUAAAAAAUAAGAAAUUUUUAGGAUAAUAAACCAUUUCUUGGGACAUCUCGAUAUGCCAGUUUAGCAGCACAUAAAGGUUUAGAACUUAGUAGAAGAGAUGAUUUAGAAUCUUUAGGAUAUGUUUUAAUUUAUCUUUUAAAAGGUAAAGUCUUGUAUUUUGAUUUAGGAAGCUUACCAUGGUAAGUUUUAAAAUUAUAGGAUGAGUAAAAAAUAAAAGCAGUAGGUGAUAUGAAAACAACAAUAACACUCCAUGAAUUAUGUAAUGGAUUACCUAAUGAAUUUGAAAGAAUGAUUGAUUAUGCACGUAAAUUAGAUUUUAGAGCAACACCAGAUUAUAAAUUUUUAAGAUAAAUGUUUUAGAAAUUAGCUCAUUAAUAAAAUAUUUAAGAUUAAUUAAGAUAUGAUUGGGAUUAUACUCCAUCAUCACUUUAAGUUCCUAGUUCAGAAAUUGCUAUUUUAAAACGAUCUAAAAGAACUACAGAUUAAGAAUAGUAAGAUUUAUUAUAAAAUCGUAAAAAAUAACCAUCAUCUAGUACAAUUAAUGGAUUAGAAGGCUUAUCUGGACACAGCUUUUUAAAAACUCCAGAAUAACAUUGUAGAAAAAUAUCAUUAACACCUGCUAAAUAAAAAAGCAAUUCCAGUUUUAAUGAUACUUUUAGUAGUUAUAAUUAAAGUGCAAAUUAAAGUGUUAUAGGACUACCAAGUCAUUAAAAUAAUUUAUCAUAACUCUCCUUUUAUGAAGAUAAUAAUCUUUUAUCCUUAGCAUUUGAAAGUAUGAGUAAAGUCACUAAAGAACAAUUAAAUUAAGAAGAACAUGAAGAAAACAAUGAAGAUCUAAGUCCUUCUCCAUUAGAAGUUAAAUACUUAAAACUUAAAAAACAAUCUAUUCAUGUGUAAUUAUAAUAUUUAUAAUUUAGUCAUUUUAAAAGAACUCUAUUAUAAAUAGAAUCCAUGAAUAUUCUUCCUCCUUAGUCUUCAUUUAAUUAAUGUUAAUGA